AUGGGUUUCAAUGAUCAGACAUUCCAUGAUCAGUCGUGGAUGCUGACAGAUUCGGCGUUUCCAAACACCUUCCAACCAGCGAGCUCAUUCACUGGUACAAACAAGCUCGACUUCCUCGCUUCGGCCGUCCAAAGUGAAAUCUUGCGACCAAUCACAUCGACUUUGGCCGGUUCAAGCUCGGCAUCUGCCGCUAGAGCUGAAGCUCAAGCUUGUAUAUGCAAAUGGUACGUCGGUCUGAAGCGAUUCCUCAACUUCCCAAGUUACCUCAAUCUACGAAGUGCUUGGGAGUACAUGAAAACCUUACAAACCCACAUCAGUGCGUUGCAUGAGGGUAAGAAACCGCAUAAAUGUCGGUUCUGCGACUUUACAUGCGCCGACUCGAGUAACCUGAGCAAGCAUGAGAGGACACAUCAGACUCUCCGACCCUACAGGUGUCCACACCUAAACUGCACCUUCAAGCCCGACUGCCGGUGGGAGAACCUAAAACGACACCUGCGUCGUUCAGGCCACUGCCCACAACUACUGGUAGAAACAAGCGAAGAGUACAAGUCCUAUCGCGAAGGCGUACGACACGAGAUCGACGAGUGGCAUAAGCGGAACGAAGAUGGUGGCCUAGGAAAGACCGGUAGGAGGAAGGGCAGAGCGUAG